UUCACUUUGUCCAGGAGAGGGCGUGGACUGUGUGGGGAGGGGUCAUGAUGGGACAGGAGUCCAGGUCGCCUUGGGGAAAGGUUGAGGGGAUUUGUGGGAACCCUGAGUCUGACCCUCUGGCUUUGGGAAUGACUCUGACCUUUGUCGUUGUAGGAAGACAUGGCUGCCCACGUAGGGGCCUCCCGGACUCCCCAGGAAGUGAUGGAGCAUUACACAUCUCGGUGGCCGAGCAGCAGCAGCUGGGCUACAUGCCGCUGCGCGACGACUACGAGAUCGAGUACGACCAGGACGCCGAGACGCUCAUCAGCGGGCUCUCGGUCAACUACGACGACGACGACGUGGAGAUCGAGCUCAAGCGCGCGCACGUGGACAUGUACGUGCGGAAGCUGCGGGAGCGGCAGCGGCGCAAGAACAUCGCCCGCGACUACAACCUGGUGCCGGCCUUCCUGGGCAAGGACAAGAAGGAGCGCGAGAAGGCGGCCAAGCGCAAGAUCACCAAGGAGGAGCGGGAGCUGCGGCUGAAGCUGCGGCCGCUCUACCAGUUCAUGUCCUGCAAGGAGUUCGACGACCUGUUCGAGAACAUGCACAAGGAGAAGAUGCUGCGCGCCAAGAUCCGGGAGCUGCAGCGGUACCGGCGCAACGGGAUCACCAAGAUGGAGGAGUCGGCCGAGUACGAGGCGGCCCGGCACAAGCGGGAGAAGCGGAAGGAGAACCGGAACUCGGCGGGCGCCAAGCGCGGGCGGGAGGACGCCAAGGACGGCGAGUUCGCCGCCAUCGAGAACCUGCCGGGCUUCGAGCUGCUGUCGGACCGCGAGAAGGCGCUCUGCAGCUCCCUGAACCUGAGCCCCGCGCGCUACGUGACCGCCAAGACCAUCAUCAUCAAAGACCACCUCCAGAAGCGCCAGGGCAUCCCCUCCAAGAGCCGCCUGCCCAGCUACCUGGACAAGGUCCUGAAGAAAAGGAUUUUAAACUUCCUCACCGAGAGCGGGUGGAUAUCCAGGGACGCCUCCUGAAGCGGGCGGAGCCCGGGGCGCUUGUGAGCCAAAUGACUGGGAGGGUGGGACAGCAACUGCUUUCCCCCAUGGUUGUUUUUUCAGCAAAUUGAGUUUCUUUUUUAGGAUGUAAGUUGUUCUCGUGGCCCUCUGGAAGAAGCAAUAGUAACAGUCUUAGAUCAGAUCAGGAGGGAAGCAGAUGCAGGCAUAUUGUACCUUAGUGCUAAAAGCAAUGCGCUAAGAUGACGCUUGCCUUUGUGUUGAGUGUGGAGAACGUGGAGAUGGGAGCGGCCCCGGGAGCCCCUUCGCUUCGGUGCACACCUGUGCUGGCCGCCGGCUGCCAGCCUUGCCUGUGACACUGGCUCCGGCGCGGGGCGCGGGGCA